AUGAGGGGAAAGAACCUCGCCCCUAAGCAUGACUUCCACUUCACUACUAAUCUGGCAUUUGCAGACGAGAUCCGGUCGAAACCUCUGCCGAAGGGGUUCAAGAUGUCAACCAUAAAGCAGUAUGCGGGCACAACGGAUCCAGAAGAUCACUUGGAAACCUUUAAGUCCUUGAUGUUCUUUCAGGAUGCCUCGAAUGCCAUAAUGUGUAGAGCAUUCCCCUCUACCCUGAAGGGGGCGGCGAGACAAUGGUUCUCGCACCUUCAGCCGCACUCCCUCUCUAAUUUUAUGGAUCUGAGAUGGGCCUUUUUGGCCCACUUCAUGAGCAGCAGGGUCCACAAGAAGACAGCCGCCAAUCUUCUGGCCAUAAAGCAACGCCCCAAUGAGUCAAUCAGGAACUUUCUUAUAAGAUUCAACAAGGAAGCCCUGGAGGUGCGAAACCUAGAUCAGAUGGGAAGGUUUCAGUCGUUGUGCAGUGGCAUCCGAGAUGUCGAGUUAAAGAAAUCCCUAAUCAUGGAUGAACUGGGGGAAAUGUAUAAACUUUUCUCACACUGUGAGAAAUACAUUAAUUUGGCCGAAGUUCUGGCGGCCGAGCAAGAAAAGGAAGAUAAACCUGAGAAGAAGGGUCAAGAAAAGAAGGAUGUCCAGGUCGGGGAGAGUGGUUCAAAUUGCGGUAGGGAAGAGAAAGAGGGAAGGAGGAAGAGAGAUGACAAGAAGGUGUGGGUUGCCAAGAGUGAUGUAGACCCAGAACCUGUUUACACGGCUCUCACGUACAACCAAGCAUAUAUCUUAAACGAGACAAAGGACCAGGUGACCUUGCGCUGGCUGGCUAAGAUGGUGAAACCCAUACACGAGCGCAAUAAGAAUAAAUAUUGCCAAUUUCACCAAGACCAUGGCCACGACACCGAGGACUGCAGGCAAUUAAAGGGCGAGAUAGAAGCGCUCAUCCAAAGAGGCCGUCUAGGCUAA